GGACAACUACAACGACUCUGGAGGAGGACUGAGCAGUCAUCUGUGUCUCUUGGUUGAGUGUACCUGAGCGCUGUGACCAGAUCAGAGUGAGAGCUGCUUUUUGCAAAUUAUGGAUUCUCAUUUUGCUUUCUGAAGAUUAACUGAAUUGCGGCAGCUGGACUCGUACAGGAUGGAAAACAACACCACCAUCUUUCAGGACGUCACUCAGAUUGUAAAUCUGACAGAAAUGCCUCUGAACCCUCUGGAAGAACAAGUCAUAACAAUAUUUUUGACCAUGCUCAUUUGUGGCGUUGGGAUUGCUGGGAAUAUCAUGGUGGUGCUGGUUGUGCUGCGCACUAAACACAUGGUGACCCCGACCAACUGCUACCUCGUCAGCUUGGCCGUCGCAGACCUCAUUGUGCUCAUGGCUGCUGGCCUGCCUAAUAUCUCUGACGUUGUAGCUUUCUGGAUAUACGGCUACACAGGUUGCUUGUGUAUCACUUACCUUCAGUACCUGGGCAUUAACGUGUCGUCUUGCUCCAUCACCGCGUUCACCAUUGAGCGAUACAUCGCUAUUUGUCACUCCAUAAAAGCACAGUUCAUAUGCACUGUUUCCCGGGCCAAGAGGAUCAUAGCUGGAGUCUGGAUGUUCACCUCACUCUACUGCACCAUGUGGUUCUUUUUGGUGGACACAGACGAGACUGUCUACGCCAACGGGGUGGUGGUCACCUGUGGCUACCGUGUCUCCAGGAGCCUCUACAUGCCGAUUUAUUUCCUGGACUUCACUUUGUUUUACGUCAUCCCCCUCAUCGUGGCCACUGUGCUGUACGGGCUUAUUGCGAGGAUUUUGUUCAUGAGCCCUCUGCCGUCGCACCUCAACGACCGAGCAGGAGGAGGGUCCGUUCAUCAGGGUUACAGCAACAGCACCAACAAGACCAACAAGAGUGCAGUGUCUGCCAGGAAACAGAUCACAAAGAUGCUGGCGGUGGUGGUCAUCCUCUUUGCCCUGCUCUGGAUGCCUUACCGAACCCUGGUGGUGGUCAACUCCUUCAUCGACCCCCCUUACCACAACACCUGGUUCCUGCUCUUCUGCCGGAUGUGCAUCUACACCAACAGUGCGAUCAACCCCAUCAUUUACAACCUGAUGUCCCAGAAGUUCCGCGUAGCUUUCAAGAAGCUCUGCAAGUGUAGCUGGCGGCACAAGGAGGCGGAGUACAAUGUGCCCAUGUAUUACAGCGUGAUGAAGAACGUAUCCCACGAGAGCAACGAGCCGGUCACAGAGCAGGAGGAUGUCAGCGGACAAACCGCCAACAGGUUUAACGUAAGAGAUGAUGAAGCAAGGGCACUCAGCAUUUCUUAAUGAAUGCUUUUAAGAUGUUUAUUACUGCAUGAGAAAAUAUUUAUCAGCAUGUUUGCUCUUUAAGCUUUUUGUUGUUUCCACCUAUUUAAAAAGUCCUUAUUGAAAUCUUUGGAAAUUGUGUGGAAAUAGCUGUGUAACAGGUUUUAUGUGUGGUUUUGUGUUUGUGGCUGCCUCAGUAUAGUAACUAUGUUGUAAAUACAGUGUUUUGUGUCAGCUUCAACCUACUAAGUGGGUUUUGUAGUUUUAUUUGAAAUGGAUUUGGAAGUUUUGUACUCACCAUUUCUGUGCACAACGUAAGAACCACUGAAACAUUUUCUGUGAUGCAUGUGUUACGGAAGCUUCCGCUGCAUAGGUUUAAUUUCAACGCAAGGCAAUGUCCAGACUUUAUGUUAAUUCGUUUUGUCAAGGGCCAGUUCUGUUUAACAUACCCCCGGCAUUAUAUUGUAUGUCUGUGUCUCUUGAAGUGCACUUGGUCUUUUCAUGUGCUCAGACUGGAGUGUCCUGUACACUCCGAUGUGCUACACGUUUCAACACAGCACUGAUGACAAACGUGACACAGUGUCCAAUGUUUUCCUGUUUUUGCCGUAAAUUUAUUCCAUAAAAAGCACCGACAACAGCUAGCCAGCUGGCUGAGGUCAUAUUGUCUUUCUUGUCAAACAUUUUGGAUAUUUAAUCAAAAGGUUUCUCAAGAUUAGUCACAUAAGGGUUGAGUUAAGCUCCAUAUGUGAACUAAGCUAAGUGUCACACAAUAAGAAUGAUUAACCAAAAUACAGUAUAAAUCACAUCAAAUACCUCAUUUGGACUUAUUUCAUCACAUUUUGGACAGAAAUGUGUUCCUCCCAGCCGACAACUUUGGAAAUUCGGAUUUUUUCCUUGUGAGUGACAUCUGUGGUCAAUGGGUUUUGGAUGGAUUCCCGAGAGAAUUGGUCGACAUUCAUGCUCCUCUAGGAAUGAACUCUAAUAACUUGAUCCCUUAUCUUUUCAUCUUCACAGCUGCUAGCAUGGCUGUAAUUUUUUAUUUUAUUUAUUUACUGUUAGGCAUCAUGGUGGUAAAUGUCGCUCAGCAUGGCUUGAAUGUGAAACAUCGGCUUGGCUAGCUAUCUCAUUACCUUAAGGCUUUACACAGAGACGGUCCAUCUCAACAGGUGUUUUUGUACAUUACCUGAUUAGGUCUCAUUUCUGGGCCUAAUAGCCCCAUUACUCUCCUGUUAGAUUUCCACCAAAGGGUCAUUUAGACCUUUAUUGUUAUGAGUAAGUACAUUUUGGUGACAUUAUGUGAUUCCCAGAAUAGGUCCACCCAAUUUAAACCUGACUAGAGGUUUAAUUGUGCAGAAUAACUGAAAUCACCUGUGUGGGUGAGCACAGCCUCUGAGUGUCUGAGUAGCAAGAAUGUUUUUCUUCAUAUACCAACUACCUCCUCUGUUACUCCUUGACUUUGUCUCUGGAUUAACAUGAGCUACUAACAACAAAACCAAUCCCCGAGUCCAUCCACUGAAAUUGCUGUUGGUUUCGGAGGAGCCCGCGUGUUAGACAAGGUUUUAUCAUUAGAUUUUCCGUGUGAGAGGCAGGGGGUAAUGACCGUAGAAGCUCUGAAAGCAAACACAUCAGCUGAUUCAAAUCUGAUUCAAAACACCUGCCAAGCAAGAGACAGAAAAUGAAAUUGUAAUUUUUGCCACAAGAUAUGUGCAUGAAGUCUGACAGCAAGCGCAUCAUUGAAAAAAUAUUGUGAUGCUAAUUGUCGUCAACAAGUUUGAGUCCCCCUCAUCUUAGGGCUGUCGUCUUGUGCUGUCAGUCCCUUCACUGCAUGUCUCUGCUUCUCAACAUAUCCAGGUCCCUGGCUGUCAACUUGCUGUAAACUUCGAAGAAAAUGCUAGUAUGAAGACUGUGUAUAAAACGCUUUUAUAAUCAGUUUGAUAUGUUUAUCUAUUGUGUACUUAAUUGUGAUAUUUUGUAAAGAAGCUUGUGGUUUUCUGUUUUUUUUUCUGGCAUCAAUAAAUCCCUUUAUUUCCAUUUA